ACCACCUAGGCCCCCGUUUCGUUGCCAUGGUGACGCUUCCGAGUCUUCGCCACUUCCGUUAAACGCAUUCGUUUCUCCCCUCCCCUUUUGCAGCGGCCGUAAAGAUUGUCGUACAGGCGGAAGGUGAACAUCGCUGCAAAAGAGUGAUAAUUUCACACACAUCAUGGACGCACGUUUUACCCGUGGAAAGUCUGCUAUCCUUGAACGGUCACUCACCCGACCCAAGACUGAUGUUAGCCUUAGUGCCUUUUCAUUAUUGUUUUCUGAGAUUGUGCAGUACUGUCAGAACAGGGUCUACUCUGUUUCUGAGCUUCAGAACAAACUUUCUGAGCUAGGUCAGCAGGUGGGUGCUCGUAUCCUGGAUGUGUUGGUGAUGCGGGAGAAAAAUGGUAAGAGAGAAACCAAGGUCAUCAACAUUCUCCUGUUCAUCAAGGUUACCGUAUGGAAGGCUCUCUUUGGGAAGGAGGCUGACAAGCUGGAGCAAGCCAAUGACGAUGACAAGACUUACUACAUCAUUGAGAAGGAGCCUCUUAUCAAUACUUACAUUUCUGUUCCCAAGGAGAACAGCACACUCAACUGUGCUUCCUUCACAGCUGGCAUCGUGGAGGCUAUGCUCACUUGCAGCGGCUUCCCUGCCAAGGUGACAGCCCACUGGCACAAGGGAACCACCCUCAUGAUAAAAUUUGAUGAGUCAGUAAUAGCACGUGACAAAGCCCUGGAUGGCCGCUGACUGCUUCAUUUCAUUUAAUCUGGAUUGUUUGUGUGUGUAUGUAUAUGUAUAUGCAUAUAUACACACACUUUGACAGUAUCCUAAAAUAACUGCCC